GAAUGUGUCUUCAUUUACAUAAUCAAAGUACAUCAGUCAUUUAUCCUUAAUUCCUGUUCGUGCUCAGUUGUACAAUACACCUACUCAGAGUAUGCACAAAUAAUGAAGGGGGGUGUAUAUAUUUUAGUUUUUAUUAUAAAGUCCAAAACCAUCUAAUAAAUAUGGGAAUAAUACCAGGUUAAACAGGAAAAAGCAGUAUGUGAAAUGUAGUUUACUACAUACUACACACCAAUCUUAUCAAGCGCUCUCUACUACUCACCUCAAUCAAGAUGCUUUGUAGCUAACAUAUAAUGGGAUUUUAUAAUUACCAGUGGACAGUCUACACAGCCAUGCCAUUAGAAUAAAGUGAAUACAUUUAUGAGUCUAUUUUUAUAUUCAAAAUAUAGUACAGAUGAAAUAUGGCCAACAGUCCAUUUCUAUUUAAACUGUGCAAUAUUUGUUCAUCAUUUCAGAAUACAGCUGAACUAAAGUAAGCUUUUCAAUUCCUCCUUCACACAUAUAACAUUUAUUUGAGGAGUUAACUGACAGGCUAGCGACAGAUUUUUUUUCUUUAAUUGCCACCAGUUAUAUAAACAUACCCAGCCUGUCAAAGGAAAUUACCAGUCAUUUAUUUUUUUUUUGAUAUACAUGCAUAGUUUUCUCAUAGUUAUUGUGACAGAUGAGUCCAAAUUUGACAUUUUCACUCGAACAGAAGAAUUCUUGUAAGACAGAGAACAGACAAGAAGAAGAUAGUAGACUGCCCCACACCCACAGGGUGUUGUUUUGGAGCAGGAAAGUUUAGAGACUCGGAAAAGGAAUACAGAGCCACAAUGCUAAUAUUCUAUACUUGAAAUGAAAAACAUUACAUCUGCACUUUUAUAUAUUUGUUUGGUGAAAGUAAAUCUUCAUCUGAUUAAACUACCUAGUUUGUUGCAUAUAAACAAAAGGACCAAUAAAAUAGGUGUUUCCAGAUUUUUGAAAGACACUGAAUAUAAGGUCAGGUUUUUAGAUAUUUGGACAUUGACAGAUUUAUUUAAUUGGUCUUUAACCUUAACCUCAGUAAACAACUUUCAGAAGAACUGAUAUGCUGACUGCACCCCAGGCCUUCACUCAACAUCAGUGCCUGACCUCAAUUUUGUGGCUUAAUAAGCAAAUCAUUACUGCCACACUCAAUAGAAGUUUUCCCAGACGGUUUGGAGGUUGUUAUAACAGCAAAUAAUGGAAUUUUUAUGAAGCACAUGUGGGUGUGUUGGUCAAAUGUUUACAAAGAAUGCAAUUCUAUCUUAUAUUCAUAAUUUCAUUUCAAAUCCAGUAUACUGGAGAAAACUAAAAUAAAUGUCUAUAUCUUUGUCAGUAUACAAAUAUUUAUAGAACAUUCAUAAUUAUGAUGGUAUGUAGACCAAACCAUUUUAUGCUAUAUUCUGUAAGUAACACCCGUCACAGCUUGCCAUUAUAAGAGGAAAUAGCUGAAAAUAUCAGAUUAUUCUUAUAUUGAAACAUUCAUAUAGUGAAACUGUUGAAAUAUUGAAAUUUGAAUCAGAGCAAAUAUGGACCUGUUACAUGUGUGAAAUUUUGGCUCAUGGUCAGUUGUAAUUAACUGUUUAAUCAAUCUUUUUUUUGGCCUGAAUAAAAUAGGCCAAUUAGUAGUGAUUAAUGUGCAAUACCUUUUUAAAGAACAGAUAUUUAACAACAAUGAGCAAAACUCUAUUUCGGUCGCCCGUAGCUUGUAAAACGCCUGUCAAUAGGUUUUAAUAAGCAGUUAAUUAAACAGAAAUAAAAUCUCUUUCGUGAGAAAUGCUACAUUAUAAAUGUUCUCAAAUUUCCCUUAACCAAAAAUGAUCAUGCAAAUAUUAGUGGUGCAGAAUUGAAUUAUCAAAACAAUCCUCUAAAAUAAACCUGUUUGCUAAUGCACCUGUGUGACACUUUUCUCAUCUCAUAUUAUUGAAUCAUAAUUUGUUUAUUUAUAUUUAAUCAUAGCAUGCUCACUGAAAGCAUUAUUCCAUAUGAGUUAGUGAUGAUACACAUGGUUUUAUUCUAUUCUGUUCACAUUAAAAGGUCGACUUAAAAGAUUACGAAGCUACUGUAAGGAUAAUCUUAUCGUCAAAGAGGGACAGCUCUAAUCUUAUUCAGCAGUUACGUAACAUCCUUGCACAGAACACAAAUCCGUGAUCAACCUCAUUAAACUGAUUUAGAAGUUCCAAACUGGUAUUACUGUCAAGGUGUUCAUUGUUUCCCAGGAUGCCAAAUGCAAGAUAAAUCGGAUAUUUAAAAAGUUUCCAGUAAUGGCUUAGCUUGUGAUAGUCAAUUUCUCACCUCACUCAUUCUGGAAACUGGGGGAUUAAAGAAGACCUAAAUAAAGCUUGAAGGUUAAGAUGCUUGUCAGGAGUGUAUUGACUUCUUCAUUGUGAUUCAGACAGGUGAGGUGGGAGAGACUCAAGUAGCUCUGUAGCACAAUUUGGAUUUAAAGGAUUUGGAUUCAAAUUUGUCUCUUUAAGACUUUGGUGUGUAGACUCUUGCAGUCUAGUUCUCCAUUGGAACAUCAUCAGAAUUGUUUUAUUCUACCAUAUCGUCUCACAUCCCAGGACGCUCAUUCGAGUAUAUGGAAGUUCUUGCAGGAAGCAGGUGCCUUCGUCUCGUUUGAGAAGCAGAAUGCAAGGCUUUAAAGGGGAAACGACAAUGCCUGCGAUGCCCAAUUCACAUGUGCCUCUGCACAGCCUGUACAGCCUGACUGAGAGCUUGGACUAUGAUCCAGAUAAUGAGGAGGAAAAGGAUUCAUCCAGGCACCUCACACCUCUACAGAAGCUAACAUUUGAUAUGUGUCAUGAUGAAAAAACAAUCAAAGAGCUGAAUGCAGGAAGAAGGGUUGGAUUCUAUAAAGUCUGUGUUGAGAUCGGGUGUGGAAACUUCUCCAAAGUCAAACUGGCUUACCAUGUCCUUACCAAGGACAAAGUGGCUAUCAAAAUCCUGGAUAAGGUCCGACUGGACCUACAGACUCAGAGGAUGCUAUUCAGAGAGAUUUCCAUAAUGGAGCGCUUGUAUCAUCCAAACAUGCUUCGACUCUAUGAAGUGUUGGAGACACCCUGUCGAUUAUACCUGGUGCUGGAAUAUGCCGGAGGAGGAGACUUGCAUGCCAAGAUCAGCUCUCAGGGAAAACUUGAUGAUCUUGAAAGCAAGCUUGUUUUUGCCCAGAUCCUGUCUGCAGUAAAGUAUAUGCAUGAUAACAACAUCAUCCAUCGAGAUCUUAAGGCAGAAAACAUCCUUUUCACCAGCAACUUCUGUGUAAAGGUAGCUGACUUUGGCUUCAGCACAAACAUCAGCAAUCGCUGCCAAAUGUUGGACACUUUCUGUGGAUCCCCUUUAUAUGCAGCACCAGAGCUCUUCAAAGACGAGGCUUACAUAGGGCCACCUGUAGACGUGUGGGCUAUGGGGGUACUUCUUUUCUUCAUGGUAACUGGCACCAUGCCUUUCCGUGCUGACACUGUUCCUAAGCUGCGCCGCUGUGUAUUACAAGGUGUUUAUGUUCUUCCUAUAUGGGUGUCUGCUCCAUGUCAGCGCCUGAUCAGGGGCAUCCUCAAAGCAGAGCCUAUAGAGCGCUGUGGUCUGGAUCAGAUGCUGGGCUGCGAAUGGCUACUCCCAGUGGAGAUUCUGCGUCCCAUUCAUCACUUGAGCCAACUUAACCCUGUCCACUUGCUGAAGGUGCGGCAAGGAUGGGCAGAGCAGAAAGAGCUGCAUGCUGUUCUACAGAAACUUGGAGUCACAGAGGAGCAUAUUCUGAACAACCAGCACAAGAACUGUCGAAGCCCAAUAACAGGUAUCUAUCGCAUUGUACUUCAUCGUGUCCAAAGGAAAAGGGGAUCUGAGUGUCUGCCUUUAAUCACAGGAGUAGUCAAAGACCCAAAGAGGGACAGUCUUCGUGCCUAUAGGAAUUUACGACACACCUCAAAGCUGUGUGUCAUCUCUUAAUAAACUCUGAAGUAAAUGGA